AUGAAAGGAUUAAAUUUCGAUGCCUACCGGUUUUCUAUCUCAUGGUCCAGAAUCUUCCCAGAUGGUGAUGGAAAAGUUAACACAGAAGGUGUUGCGUAUUACAGUAAUCUCAUAGAUUACCUUCUUCAGAAAGGCAUUACUCCUUAUAUCAAUCUUUACCACUCUGAUCUCCCUCUUGCACUUCAGAAGAAGUAUGGAGGCUGGUUAAAUGCAAAGAUGGCGGAACUAUUUGCAGACUAUGCUGAUUUUUGUUUUAAGACCUUCGGCAAUCGUGUAAAACACUGGUUUACAUUAAAUGAACCAAGGAUUGCUGCACUUCUUGGUUAUGAUGCAGGGUCGAUUCCUCCUCAAAGGUGCAGCAAAUGCGCUGCUGGUGGAAACUCAGCAACAGAACCUUACAUUGUUGCUCAUAACUUUCUCUUAGCACAUGGUUACGCAGUCGCAAGAUACCGAAAUAAGUAUCAGGCAGCUCAACAGGGAAAGGUUGGCAUAGUUCUGGACUUCAAUUGGUACGAGGGUCUUACCAAUUCAACUGAAGAUCAAGAAGCAGCUCAAAGAGCCAGGGACUUCCAUGUUGGUUGGUUUGUUGAUCCACUAAAAGGACAUUACCCACAGAUAAUGCAAGUAAUUGUGAAAGAGAGGCUACCCAGGUUUACUCCCGAUCAAGCUAAACUGGUCAAGGGCUCAGCAGACUAUAUUGGGAUCAAUCAGUACACAGCUGGCUUCAUGAAGGGUCAGAAAUUGGUGCAGCAGACGCCGACUAGUUACUCAGUCGAUUGGCAAGUCACUUAUGCUUUUGAGAGAAAUGGCAAACCGAUUGGACCUAAGGCGAAUUCUGAUUGGCUUUACAUCGCCCCGUUUGGGAUGUAUGGAUGUGUGAACUACAUCAGGCAAAAGUAUGGAAAUCCCGCUGUUGUCAUAACUGAAAACGGAAUGGAUCAACCUGGGAACCUCACCCGCGAUCAGUACUUGAGUGAUGUUACAAGGGUUAGGUUCUACCGGAGCUACCUCAACGAGCUGAAGAAAGGCAUCAACGAUGGUGCAAACGUUGUUGGCUACUUUGCAUGGUCUCUCCUCGACAACUUCGAGUGGGGCUCUAGAUACACAUCCAAGUUCGGUAUCGUGUACGUCGACUUCAACAGCCCCUCCCUAGAACGGCACCCGAAGGCAUCGGCCUAUUGGUUCAGAGAUCUGCUGCAGACCAAACACUGAUGGAAUGUUAUCAUCUUCAUCAUGUUGAGUUUUUUUCUACCAUUGUUUAGCAGCUGGUACCGCAAUUCAGAGCCAGCUCUCUGCUCUGGAGCUACCAAAUGGAAAUAAAAGAUGGCACAAUGAUUCAGUAUAUCAUUUAAAGUUUACAGUGAGAAUGGCCCCGUUAAUUUGUUACAUGAAAUUUGACAUGUUUCUAGUUAAUUUGCUGCAAAGA